CCCCCGCAGGGUUACUAUACGCGCGGCGGCGGCAUCGGCGAGAGCGGGGAUUUUGUCACCUCGCCUGAAAUAAGUCAGAUUUUUGGAGAGUUAAUAGGAAUAUGGUUUAUUAGUGAAUGGAUAGCCAUGGGCAAGCCUACAGCCUUCCAGCUGGUGGAACUGGGCCCCGGGAGGGGCACUCUUACUGAUGACCUGUUACGGGUUUUCAACCAGCUUGCCUCUUUACUUAGUAAAUGUGAUGUCUCUGUUCACCUGGUGGAAGUGAGUCCCAAACUCAGCGAGGUCCAAGCGCUGAUGCUGACAGGGGGGAAGGUGCAGUCAGGCCCCGAGGACAGGUCUGCUUACAUGAAAGGCAUUAGCAAGACUGGAAUUCCCAUUUUCUGGUACAGAGACAUCCAAGAUGUGCCACCAGGUUACAGCUUUUACCUAGCGCAUGAGUUUUUUGAUGCCCUGCCAAUACAUAAGUUUCAGAGAACGGAGAAGGGCUGGCGUGAAGUGUUGGUGGAUAUAGACCCGGCAGCCCCUGGCCAGCUGCGCUUUGUCCUGUCGCCAUCCAGUACCCCUGCCUCAGAAAACUUUAUUCAGCCUGAAGAAACAAGAGAUCAUGUGGAAGUGUGUCCUGAUGCUGGUGUCAUCAUUCAGAGGCUUGCCUGUCGUAUAGAAGAGGAUGGUGGGGCUGCACUGGUUGCUGAUUAUGGCCAUGAUGGAACCAAAACUGACACUUUCCGAGGUUUCCGGAAUCACAAACUUCAUGAUGUGCUGAAAGCUCCAGGUACAGCAGACCUGACAGCAGAUGUUGACUUCAGCUAUCUUCGAAAGAUGACCCAGGGAAGAACAGCCACAUUAGGCCCCAUAAAACAGAGGGAAUUCUUAAAGAACAUGGGCAUUGAUCUCCGGAUGCAGGUGCUCUUGCAGAAUUCACAGGACACUACAACACAUGAACAGUUACUUCACAGCUAUGACAUGCUGAUGAAUCCCAAGAAGAUGGGGGACUGUUUCAACUUUUUUGCCCUGCUGCCUCACCACAGACUUGUACAUCCUGACAAGAAACAUCAGCCAGAAUCAAAACCUCCCUUACCGCCCGUUGCUGGAUUUGGCGAACUCGUACUGAAGUAAUUUCAAUUAC